UGUAACUGCUGAACAACUUUUAAUUUUAGAGCAAAAUACUUACACUUAUUAUUUAAAUGCCAUUUCGAAAUGUGGUCCGCAUUUAUCCUUAAAAGAGUUAAUCGAAAAGAAAAAACUUGAAGAAAACGUUUUUCUGGGUUUAAUAGCCAAAAAGAAAGCAACUACUUUAAGAAGAAUUGAAUUGGAACGCCAGGAAAGGAUAAAAAAUAAACUGGAAAAGAAGAGAAAUGAAAUUAUCUACUUAAAAAACCAAUAUGAUGAAGCACUAACAAAAAGAAAAAUUAAGGAAAUUGAACAACUGAGAAGAGAAAUACAAACUAAGGAAGCAGUUAUGAAAAUGGAGAUAAUUGAAAUGAAGAUUUUUCAAGAAGAAGCACAAAAUUUAAUCGAUUAUUACAAUGAGCUAUACAAAGCUGCAGACAAGUACAGAACCAGCAUAGAAAAAAAUACUGAGAACAUAAGAAAAUUAAAUCUAGAAGACUGCAGCAACCCCUCAUGCAACCAAUCUCCUACUUCUACAGAAGAUGCUGGCAUUUCUGUAACUCUUGUAACAAGCGAAACCUUUCUCUCUGCAUCAGAUGACUUGCAGAGUAAACCUGAUAUGAGUGAGAAUUCAGAAGUUUUUGUAUCUGCCUUGGAUUAUGUUUCAAAUAGUUCAACAGUUAUCGAAAAUGGAUCUACAAAAGUUUCCAAAAAGCAACUGUAUUUGGACAGCGAUAUGGUAAUUAAAGAGGAGACUGAGGAACAAAUGAACUAUAAAAAAAAUCAAAAGGCUGCCCAAAUAAACAGGGAAAAGUCCAGAUCAUCUCAGCUGGAAAACAUGUUGAAAGAGGAUAAUAUUGGNUAA